AUGAAUUUAUUUUCAAUGGAAUCAGAAAGAUUAACUGAAAAGAAAUUAAGGUUUGGAGUAGGUCAAUAUGAAUAUAUUAUUCAGUUUAGUAUCUCAAAGAAAAGUGGGUCAUUAUUAGAUGAUUUAUUUGUUAUUAUGUCAUACAAAAAUACAAAAGAUGGAUUUAUGAAUGAAUAUCAAGGCUCAAUGAAAGUUUUUUCUGCAUUAGAAGGACUAAAUAAAUUAACUCAAAUUAUUAGUUGUAAAGAAACUGAAGAAAAUGGAUGUCUUGUUUCAUUUGAAUAUGGUGGUGGAAUUAUGCAAAUUCUUCUUAAAAAAACAAAAGGUAUUGAUAUUGAAAAAAGGAAAAAACAACAAAUUAAAGAUACAUCAUUUGUAGAAAAUUCACGAGAACUCACAACAACCCCAAAAGAAGAACUGAAAAAAGAUUUUUUAGAAACAAAAAUAGAAGUUAUAGAAAAUAACUUUGACAAAAUGCAAGAGUAUUGGGCAAAAAAAAUAGUUGAAAGUGAUGAAAAAGAAAAAGAAUUACAAAAGGAAAUUAAUGAAAUAAAAGAGUUAAAUGAAAAGUUAUUAAAAGAAAAAGAAGGGUGGUAUGAAGAACAACAAAAAUUUAUCAUUUGGAAAGAUCAAAAAGAAGAAGAAAUUAAAAAAUUAAAUGAAAGAAAUGAAGAGAUUAUUGAUAUUUUAAAAAGUUUUAAAUCAUCAGAUAUUAACAAUGAAGAAGAUAAAACAAUGAUUUCAAAAAAAGAAUAUGAAGAUAUUCAAAAACGAGUAGAAGAAUUAGAAAUAAAAUGUAAUUUCAAAGAAGAAUUAGAACAUUUAAAGAAAAGAGUUGAAGAAGUAGAAAAUAAAAUUAACAAAAUGGAUAUUAAUGAAAUAAAUGAUAACAUAAAUGAAGUCAAUAAGAAAAAUGAAGAAUUAAAUGAAAAAAUCAAUGAAUUGAAAGAAGAAAAAAUGAAAAAUGAAAAUAGUAUUGAAGCGAGUAAACAACAAAAUGAGUUAAAAGUACUUAAUGAAUUAAUUAGAGAAUUGCAAGAAACUAUAAAUACAGUUGAGGAGAAUCAAAUCAAAAAUGAAGCAGAAAUUAAAGAACUUAAAGAAGAAAAAAAUCAAAUAAUUGAUUCAAAUGAAAAAAAAGAAAAGAAAAGUAAAAUCCCAAGAGUUAUAACAUGUACUGAAGAUGUUAUUGAAAUUUGUCAAGUAAUAAAGGAAAAUACAAAAGAAAAAAAAUGUCUUGUUAUUUGUCAACAACAAACAAAUGAAAUUAUUAUCAAUGUUAUUAUUGGAGAAGAAUUAUUUGAAGGAAUUUAUCAUUGUAGUAUUAAAAAUAUAUCAUUUAAUAUUUUAGGUCAAAUAAUUGAGUUAGCAGAAAUUACAAAAGAAAAAGAUAAAGUUUAUAUUGAAUAUAAUCAAAAUAAAAUUGAAUUAAAUUUAGAAAACCAAAUAGAAAUAUGGCCACGAAUUGUUAAACUAUAUCAUUAUAUUGGAAAUGAAUCUGAUACUCUUUUAGAUGGUACAUUUGAAUAUACUGAAGAAAUAAAAGAUAAUAAUUAUCAACUUACAUUAAUUGGAAAUGAAGAAAAAGAAGAAGAAGAGAUAUCUCACUCAUCAUCAACAUCUUCUUCAGAUAAAAUAGAUAAAGACAAUGCUGAACUUAUCAAAGAAAUUCAAGAUAAAGUAAAAGAGGUGUCAAUUAGUCAACCUAAAGUAAUAAAAAAACCCAAAACUGUUUUUGUCUAUUCAUCAUUACCAACACAAUUCCAAGGAAGAAGAAUACAACAAUUAGGAAAGAAAGUACCACAUUAUAAAUUUACUGAUUUUUGGAAUGGGUAUGGAAGUUGUAUAACUCCAGAUAAAAUUGUGUUAUAUUACAUUUAUGAAAAAGAAGAAUGUGAUUAUCAAAGUGACUUAGAAGCAUUAAAAAUUGUUUAUCCAAACAUUCCAAUAAUUACUGUUAUUUUAAAUUAUCCAGAAUAUUGUCUUGCACCACCUAAAACUAAUGAAGAAGAUGUAUUUGUUAUUGAUGUUAUUUCUAAUGUUUUAGAAGAUGGAGGGAUGUUACUUCAAUUUAUAAAUGAACUUACUAAAGAUGAGUAA